AUGCGUAAGCCGGGGCCCCCCCCUGGGGGGCCCCCGGGGGGCCCCCCUGGGGGCCCCCAGCCUGCAAUAGAUGCUGCUGCUGCAGCAGCAGCUGCAGCAGCAGCAGCAGCUGCUGCUGCUGCAGCAGCCGCAGCAGCAGCAGCAGCAGCAGAAGCAACGGUAGCAGAAAAGGCAGCAGCAACGGCAGGAGAAAGAGAAGGAAAAGCAGAUAAGGAGAUUGAUGCUGCUGCUGCUGCUGCUGUUGCUGCUGCUGUGGCUGCAGAUAGGGAAACGGUGCAGCAACAGCAGCAACAGCAGCAGCAGCAGCAGCAGCAACAGCAACAGCAGCAGCAACAGCAGCAGCAACAGCAGCAGCAACAGCAGCAGCAGCAACAGCAACAGCAGCACCAACCGCAGCAGCAACAGCAGCAGCAGCAGCAGCUCUUACUUGAAUCUGUUUCUGCUGCUGCUGCAGUGAUUGGGUGCAGCAGCAGCCUAUCAUAA